UAUUUGGCCCCACACACACCCCCUUGAUUUAUGGCGUAAUGGGCAAUCCUCCGGAGAGCUAGCCUUUAUUCGUGAUUCGGCCACAAAACCUGGAAAACGAAUCAACUAAAAUGGGGCCUUUAAAAAAGUCGACCAGAAAAAGUUGAAGACGCCGACCAAUGUCCAAAGCAAGUUGCGGAGCCUUCAUGACUAAGCAAGCUCCGACGUACGUGUUCUACAGAAGCUUUAGCUUCUUAAGCAAGUUCCUUGAGCACCCCUACCUUUAUUAAAGCCUCCGCCAUUAAUUCUGCUUGCUCUUCAUCGCUCCUUAUGCUCGGAGCUUGAAUUUAUCAUCCUUCACUUGGGAUGGAUCACGCCGACGACGACCGACCCGAAAUUGUAUUCUUCGACCUUGAAACCAUCCACCCAACUCGAGUCAUCGUGGAGUUCGGAGCCAUCUUGAUUUGCCCCAAGACGCUAAAAGAGCUCCAAGAACCCUGCUCCACCUUGGUCCGACCCGCCGACCCUUCCCUCAUCCCCGCCGGCUUCCAGCGUAGCAACGGAAUCACUAGCGAUUCUAUUGCCCGGGCUCCUACUUUUGCCGAAAUCGCCGACGAUGUUUAUAAGCUUCUUCAUGAUCGGAUUUGGGCGGGGCAUAAUAUGUUAAAAUUUGACAGUGGCUGCAUCAGAGAGGCAUUUACUCAGAUUAACCGGCCCCCUCCGGAACCCAAAGGUUUUAUUGACUCGUUAGUUUCGUUGACUGAAACGUUUGGGAGGAGAGCUGGGAACAUGACGUUGGCCACCCUUGCAGAGUAUUUUGGGCUUGAAAAACAGACACACAGGAGCUUAGAUGAUGUUCGGACCAAUAUUGAAGUAAUUAAAUGCUGCGCAACGGCUAUGUUCCUGGAAUCGAGUCUUGUAGAUGCAUCCACAGUGAAUAGCAGGAGUUCUGCAGAAGCUGCUGCAAGUCAUAGCAAUGAAAUACUUUUACCACAUGAAGGCUCAUCACACACUAUACCUCAGAAGCAUUUUUUCACCUUCGGUCCUCUUCGUGAUGAAACAAACCAAGAAACAAUUCAGGCACAGAUGUUUUCUUCAGCCGCCGUGUCUGAGGCUUGCACCACCAUUUUUGCUGUUUUAAAGCUCCAUCAAAUAGCUGUCCCCCGCCUCACUGCAUCUUCUGUUCGAUCAGAUCAUGGUGAUCUAAAGAUACAACUACGGCACGAAGGCGUCCCGUUUCAACUUUGUUGUGAUCAUCUUAAAAUACUAUUUGGAAUAAACGACAAGUAUUUUGAUCGUGCGGGCCUACCAAAAUUGAGUAUUGUGGUUGAUCUUCAUCCAUCAAAAACCCUAUGCGAGGUUCUUGAAGCUUGUGACAGUAUUGCAAAGAGCUCAUAUUUAGAUCCUGGGCAUGGUGGGAACCCUGAUUAUUGGAGGCCACUCGUCGCCAAAAGCGAUGGCUUCUACGAUUAUCCCACUGUGCGAUUGCGGAUACCUACGGCAAAAUGCGGGAAUGUAGCCAUAUAUGCAGCUGAAAUGUACCAGAGAGAUUCAUCAUCCGGCACUAAGAAGAGGAUGUUCUUCGAUAAGUUUGAUGUUGCAGAGCUGGGUUCCUUGCUCAGGCAUGGUUCGUUUGUUGAUGCAGUCGUCUCCUUCGAUUUUUAUGAGUUCCAGGAGAAUGCAGGGAUUAGAUUGAUAGCCAAAGCCUUGACCGUUCAUUCCAAUUAGAAAACAAUAAUAUGUUAUCACCGCUUGAUAUAUUCAUGCCAGAUGAUGAGUAGAUAAUUAUAAAGUAUUGUAUCAGUGAAAUAAUCUUGGGAUGAACACUUUUAAAAAAAAAAAAAUUGCUUUUGCGCUUUAAGAUUGGAA